GUUCUCUGUAGUUAGUUUUUAACAGAAUUACCAUUGUUGCGCUUGGGGCCUUACUUUGGUUGUACCAAAUUUAGUAAUCUUGGUUUUGCCCGCCAAUGACGGAUUCCGCUUUUUGCGAGAAAUUACGUAGUGUUUUGCUUGUACCAAGCGCUCCGGGUCUUGGUGUCGCUCUCUUUCUCAACAACAAGACACCCACAGUUCUCCUAGGCAGCUUGACUCACUUCCGGUCCAACUCGAGGGAAGUGUACGACGAUGUCUUCAAACUGUUGCGCGAGAGUCACCCAGCUCACCGGGAAGCCGUCUUACGUGAUCGCAUGUUGCAUUUGGUCAUGCCAUCGAUAGCGUGUGCAUUACAGCUUAGUACGAAAUUGGCCGACGCAGAUGCGCCACCGUACACCAGACGUCGCUUUAAACCUUUGUUCUUUACGGAAAGCGGGGUUUACUUGGCGUCGAUGCCGCCGGCGGAGAAUCCAGAUGCAUCCAGUCCUGGAGAUGGUUUGUACGCUCGGUUGGUCCACCUGGGCCUACUCAUCGUCCAUUCCGCGUCCAACUUUCCUCCGACAGCAGUUGUAAACGCUGUCGAGAAGCUGGUCGAAUCAGGAGUUUUAUAAUGGGUUUUAUUUUUAAACUUUUACCCUUUCUCCACAUACUGUCAGCGUUGCGCUAUUCGCUUACUGUUGAAUUUUGUCUAUUCAUCUUACUUCUGUUUACCUCAGGGGAAACUCUACAUUUUAUCCGAG